GCAUCAGCUUUUUGGAAUUGAAGAUAUGCUAUCAAUCUCGUGAUGUCGCAGGCAGCAAUGAAACCCAACAAUCCGUUGAGUCGCAUUGACCCACUCUGCUUACUCUCACCGAUUGUCAAGCCUCAGCCAUUUCAAUGAAGUGCUGAAAACAACAAAAGAAAUGGCACAAGCGACACAAAAUACCAUCACAAAGUUUGAGAUAGUCGGGAACACAGGCAGCUCAUAUCCUUUGAUCAUCUUCUUUCACGGCUCAGGCGACUCCUGCAAGUCUUGGGGGGCUUUAGCAGAACUGCUUCGACCUGCGUACCACCUUCUGCUCUGGGAUAGACAAGAUCCAUAUGUCAGAACCGAUGUAGCUAUUUCCGAACUGUUGGGUUUUCUCGACAGCAGGGACACGCCUAAGCAAUAUGUGCUGAUCGCGCAUUCAUACGGCGGCACCUUCGCAAGGCUCUUCCUCGAAGCGAGACCGCACCAAGUCGCAGGAAUAGUCCUCGCCGAGACGGGUGCAGAGCCAACGAUAGACGCCCGACUCGAACAAAGACAAUACGAUAAGAAGAUCUUGGGGAACAAACCACUUGUUGUCAUUCGUGGCAACACUCUGAAAUGGAAACAACUACAGUAUGAUCAAGCUAUCGCUGCAGAGCAGAACCUCGCUAGCCCGACCCUGCUGAUGCAGAAGAAGCUUUUGGACGCGACAGACAAAGAAGAUGAGAGACUGAAGAAAGCACAGUUGCAACUUUCUAGGAAUAAUCGAUAUGUACAUAUCCCGGAUGUCAGUCAUGACGUGAUUAUUGAGAAACCAGAAGCGGUGAGGGAGGCUGUUUGUUGGGUCAUGGAGCAUUUGCAGACUGGUGAAGGAGAGGUUAGGGAGGAAGAGAUACAAGUACAGGCGAGAGGCGAGGACGAAACUGUUGCCAAAAAGAGCUUUGGGGAUAGGUUGAGAGGAGCGAAGAAGAUGUCUCUGAGAGGAAGUCUGUCCAAGCUGUUCAAGAAGUCAGUCAAGUGAGAGAGAGACAUUUGAGAUACCACUGUUGUGAGAGUUUGAACGAAGAGUUUGAAUAGAAAUGUAAUAUCCAUAUAGUGUGAGAAGAAGGUUAUAGAA